CCUCAUGAACAUGAAUCAGGUCGCGCUACUGUUGCUUGAUAUCCUUCCAAUGGCGAAUGCUUGUCUGAUGAAUAUUAAUAGAGAAGCCUUCUCCAUAGUAAGAUCCAUAAAUUAACGUUAAGGGGGAGUCUGCGCCAACGGGGACAGGUGGGAUAUUAAUCAUCAUGCUGGAAAUCCAGACAUUGUGUUAACUGUCAGCGUACAUCUUCUGAACCGUCUGCUCGGUUGUGAAACAAACACUGAGGUCAUAUUUACUCUAGAUGAUGCUGAAUCCCUCCGCGGAUGAGCAGCAUUGCCUUUGCCUUUGGACAUUUACAGGACCACCGUCAUAUUUCUGUGAGAAACCCCUCAGAAACCAGUGCAGCCAGGAGGCUUCAGCAUGUUUUGAGUAAAUAAAGGUAUCGAACGCUAUUUUCAUACCAUAAAACGAUGCUGGAGAAGAGUAAGUAUAAUCUGGUAGACGACUCAGUGGAUCAGAGGAUUCCUGCUGAUAAUGAUGGACAUUUCCAGCAAGGGCUCACGUUCGAGGUGAAGUUCAUUGGGAGCCUGGAUAUUGUGCGACCCAAAAGCAGAAUUGAAAUACUGGCUGCUAUGAGACGAAUACGGUAUGAGUUUAAAAUUAAGAACAUCAAGAAGAAGAAAGUCAACCUUGUUGUGUCAGUGGAUGGUGUCAAGGUGUUUUUGCGGAAUAAGAAAAAGAAAUAUGACUAUAGCUGGGAUGAAAGCCAAGUGACACUGGCCCAGGAUCCUAUUUUCAGAAUAUUUUACGUCUCUCAUGACUCACAGGACCUGAAGAUAUUCAGUUACAUAGCAAGAGACAAGAAAAGCAACGUGUUCCGCUGCAAUGUCUUCAAAUCGAAGAGAAAGAGCCAAGCCAUGAGGAUAGUGCGGACCGUGGGUCAGGCGUUUGAGGUGUGCCAUAAACAGAGUCUAGACAAUGCUGACGCAUGGCUUGUAAAAGGUGAGGAGGAGAGAAGCAAAGACGAGAGUUCAGUUGCAAGUGGUUCUGCUGAGAGAUCAAGCAACACUGGGCUAGAGAAAGAUGAAAAGGUGUGUGAAGAGCCAGUGCUGGUGAUGGUGUCCUCCAGGCUGGCGUCUCCUCUCUCCAGUCCUCUGUCUGUGAGCCAUCAGGUGCAGCUCCUGCAGAGACAGUUACAGCAGCAGGAGCAGAGGAGUCAAGCCGCCUCCGCACAGGUGGUUCUGCUGCAGCAGCAGCUGUCGGUGGAGACCAGCGCCAGGACAGAGGCUCAGGCUAGAGUCCAGCAGCUCCUGCAGCAGAACACUGAACUCCUGCAGCAUCUCUCACUGCUGGUAAAACACAUCCAAGAGCUGGAGCUCCGCUCUCAACCACACAAAAACCCCUUGGGAUCUCAAGACAGCCUUCUGGAAAUUGCCCUGCGUGCCAACAUCCCAGCUGUAUCACGUGAUCCCAACCCAAAUCCUCCCUUAAGCACUCAAGAGGGCUUCCCUCUCUCAAACAGCCUGGCUCGGCUUGACGGCUUCUGUUUCUUCUCAGAAUCUUCAGAGCGGGAGAAGAAGCCGGAGCAGGACCGUGACUCAGGACAGGGUCAGGAUGAAGAUCAGUCGGGUGGAUGCUCUCCUCCUGGGAACCAGUUUGUCUGCACACUGGACACACCAGGAUUCAGAGAGUCUGGUAUUGCAUCCGGUUAUGAGUCCAACACUGAUGAGAGUGAUGACCGGGAUAGCUGGGGCCACUAACUGAGUGCACCAUGUGUGAGAGUAUUCCUGCUAAAAAAAAAAACUGCUUAAACCAGCAGCAGCAGCUAAGCACUUCAACAUUUGCAUUGCAGAUUCAGCUGUCAGAAUAAAUAUAUAAAUAUCAGAAUAUAUAAAAGUAUAUUUAAUAUAUUUUAAUAAAAUUGCAUACACACACACACACAAACACACACACACACACAUAUAUAUAUAUAUAUAUAUAUAUAUAUAUAUAUAUAUAUAUAUAUAUAUAUAUAUAUAUAUACACACACACAAACAAACAAACUAAAGUCCCAGUGUAUUUAUUGAUUCAGUUAUAAAAUUGGGUGUCCAGGUUGUCCCAAUCAUAUUUAAAAUAAUUGCUGUACAAUGUGAAAUUGUGUAAAAAGCAUAGUUCAAUGAAAAAUUAAUAUUCUGCCAUUAUUGACUCUCCCUUACUUCGUCCCAAACAGGUUAAUUAUUUUUUUCUCCAUACAGUGGAAGUCAGUGGUUUUCAAUUAGUGUUGUUUUGAACCCCAUUGACUGUCAUCACAUGGACAAAACAUAAUGAAUAUAUUUUUCAUAAUAUACUAUUUCAAAUUCUGGGGGUCUUCAAGAUUUUUUUUAUAAAGUAAAAUAUUUUUAUUCUGCAAGGACGCAUUAAAUUAAUAAAAAAUGAGAGUAAAUACAUGCAUUUUUUUUUAUAGUUUAUAAAUCUAUUCAAAAUGUAUAAUUUAUAACUAUUUAUAGGUUCUCUUUUCAACUUUCUAGCAUCAGCAUUUUAGAAUGAUUUCUGAAGGCUCAUAUGACACUGAAGACUGGAGUAAUGAUGCUGAAGUUCUGCUUUGCAUCACAGAAAUAAAUUACAUUUUAAAUGAAUUAGUAUUACUUUUUACUUCAUUUUUUAUCAAAUACAUUCAUCUCCAUCAUCAAAUUUUUCAUUGGUAGUGUAUUCUUUUAUAGUCCACAGAAGAGAGUAAGUCAUACAGGUUUGGAACAACAUGAUUAUAUAUGUACAUAAUUUUGUGUGAACUGUCCCUUUAAAGCCACACAUCUAUAGUGUUGGCUGGUCUGUUAACAUGAGUUUCAAAAUGCUUUUGUCUCUCCUCGAUUUAUUUAAUCUCAAUCUAUUCUUCGGAAGAUAGGCUAUGUGGUUGUCAGCAAUGAAACAAGAUUGCCCCCCCCCCUUCUUUGUAGAGAUGAAUGGACAUUUGGAGAGACAUAAAUACAUUCAAUGGCAUUUUUAUUUUAAAUGUUUACUUUUUAUUGUACACGUUUUAUAAUGUUCGUCACAAUGCUAUUAGUUAGGUUAUUGUUGUUUUUGUGGGCUUUUCAUGAUUUGUUUGCCAGUAUUUCUAAUAUCAGGCUUGAAUAUAAAAUGCAGCACUACUAAAGUGAAAGAAAAUAAUAAAUGAUAAAGAACAUGUUAAAUUCAGUGUAAGCAUGUUUGUCCCUCACUGUCAAUUUUGCAACUGAGCAGCUUGAACUGUUACACAGUGAUACCAAUGUCAAAAUAAAAGUAUUUGUGCAAUAAUGUCA